GCCGGUGCCGUCCGACUGUCGGGCGGCGCGUCCGACUGUCUUUCCGCUGGGCGCAUGCGCCGCUGCGGUCCGACUGUCGUGCGGCGCGGCCGUCUGUGAGGGCGAUGGCGGCGGGCCCGCCUCAGCCCGGGGGCACGGGGCCGGUGCCCGCCGGGGGCUUGGUGGAGCACAGCUCGACCCCUUCCGACCUGGCCCUCGUCAGCCCGUACCACACCCGCCGCGCCGGUGACCCCCUGGACCUCGUGGAGUUGGCACAGCAGGUGCAGAAGGCUGACGAAUUUGUCCGUGCUAAUGCCAGCAACCGGUUGACCGCUAUAGCUGAGCAGAUCCGACAUUUACAAGCCCAGGCCAGAAAGGUGUUAGAAGAGGCCCGCAGAGACGCCGACCUGCACCACGCGGCUUGCAAUUUGGUGAAGAAGCCCGGCAACGUCUACUACUUGUACCAGCGGGAGGGCGGCCAACGCUACUUCUCCAUCCUUUCUCCUCAGGAAUGGGGGGCCAGCUGCCCCCACGACUUCCUGGGGGCCUACAAGCUUCAGCACGAUCUGUCCUGGACGCCGUGCGAGGACGUGGAGAAGCGAGAUGCUGAAAUCGGCAUGGUGGAGAAGCUGUUGAGCCGGCAGGCAUCUCUGCCCCCGUGCACAGAGCCCAAUUUCCAGGGACUGAGCCAGUGAUAGUGCUCUGCACCCAAUGGGGGAGUGAAGUCCGGACAUUUUGGCAGAUCUCCCUGAACGCCGAGGAUUUCUGCUGAAUUCCUGAUUUUGGUUUGGGAUGCGGCUGAGCUCCUACUGCUAUUCUGGUUUAAUAAUAAUAAUUACACUACUUUUCAUUCAUUCAUUCAUUCAGUCGUAUUUAUU